GGGGCCCCGACGGCGGAGCAGGGCCGUGCCCCAUGGCGCUGGCGGCGGUCCGCGCGCGGGUGCUGCGCUCCUUGAGCCGCCCCCCGUUCGCUGCUCGGCGCUGCAGCGGCCCCGCUCAUCUCCCCCCCGGCUGCUACGGCGCUUGGCAGGAGCGGGCGGCCCGCGACCCGGCCGCUUUUUGGGCGGAUGCGGCGCGGGGGGCUCUGCGCUGGGACAGCCCCUUCCACACGGCCUGCGAGGCCGCCCCGGCCGGCGCCGGAGCCCGCUGGUUCCUGGGCGGCCGCCUCAACGUGUCGGUAAAUUGCUUGGACCAGCAUGUUGAGAAGUCCCCAAACAGAGUGGCUUUGAUAUGGGAGAGAGAUGAGCCCGGAACUGCAGUGCAUGUCACAUACAGGGAACUUCUGGAUCUGACGUGCCGUCUUGCCAACACCCUGAAGAAAUAUGGGAUACAGAAGGGGGACAAGGUUGCCAUCUAUAUGUCCGUGUCCCCCCUGUCUGUGGCAGCCAUGCUGGCUUGUGCUAGGAUUGGUGCUGUUCACACCGUGGUCUUCGCGGGAUUCAGUGCAGAGUCCUUAGCUGGAAGGAUCAUGGACUCUGAAUGCAAGGCAGUUAUCACCUACAACCAGGGUGUCAGGGGAGGCCGAAUCAUAGAGCUGAAGACGACGGUGGAUGAAGCUGUAAAGAACUGUCCAAGUGUCAAACACGUCUUUGUGGCACAGAGGACAGAUAACAAAACCCAGAUGGGUGACCUUGACGUUCCCCUCGAAGAAGAGAUGGCCAAGGCAGCUUCUGUAUGCACUCCAGAGAGCAUGGACAGUGAAGACAUGCUUUUCAUGCUGUAUACCUCAGGCAGCACAGGGAAACCCAAAGGAAUCGUUCACACCCAGGCUGGAUAUCUGCUGUAUGCUGCUCUCACGCACAAGUAUGUGUUUGACUACCAGCAAGGUGAUGUCUUUGGCUGCGUGGCUGACAUUGGCUGGAUCACAGGACACAGCUAUGUUGUGUACGGACCGCUUUGCAAUGGAGGCACCACUGUGCUGUUUGAAAGCACUCCAGUGUACCCUGACCCAGGCCGUUACUGGGAAAUGGUACAAAGGCUGAAAAUAAAUCAGUUUUAUGGAGCACCUACAGCUAUACGCUUGCUGUUGAAUUAUGGAGACAAGUGGGUGAAGAAAUACGACAGAUCAUCCCUGAAGACCCUGGGAUCAGUGGGAGAGCCCAUUAACAACGAGGCUUGGCAGUGGUUCUACCAUGUGGUGGGAGAAGGGCGCUGUACCCUCGUGGACACUUGGUGGCAAACAGAAACCGGUGGCAUCUGCAUUGCCCCACGGCCUUCAGAGGAGAAUGCUGAUAUCAUUCCAGCUAUGGCUAUGAGACCCUUCUUUGGGAUUUCCCCUGUUCUGAUGGAUGAAAAUGGAAAGGUUUUAGAGGGCAAUGAUGUGUCUGGUGCACUCUGCAUCACACAGCCGUGGCCUGGCCUGGCGAGAACAAUCUACAGAGAUCACCAGCGAUUCGUUGAUACGUAUUUCAAAGCCUAUCCAGGUUACUAUUUCACAGGGGAUGGUGCUUACAGGACCAAAGAAGGCUAUUACCAGAUAACAGGGCGCAUGGAUGAUGUCAUUAACAUCAGCGGACACAGGCUCGGGACAGCAGAGAUAGAAGACGCAAUGGCUGAUCACCCUGAUGUCCCUGAGACAGCUGUGAUUGGGUAUCCCCAUGAAAUCAAAGGAGAAGGUGCCUUUGCUUUCAUAGUGCUGAAAGAGCAGACAGCUCAUACAGACCAUGUCAAAGAAGAGCUCAAAACUAUAGUGGCUACCAAAAUAGCAAAGUAUGCUGUGCCUGACCACAUUCUGGUGGUGAAACGCCUUCCUAAAACCCGAUCAGGGAAGAUCAUGAGGAGGCUGCUGAGGAAAGUAGUCACUGAGCAAUCAAGUAACAUGGGAGAUGUUACCACACUUGACGAUCCAACUGUCGUCAAAGAGAUACUGGAUGCCUACCAGAAAUACAAAAAGGAGAAGAGUUCCUCAUAGCAGAUGCCUUUGGAAUAUCUCAGCUCUGGAAAUGUGGAGGGUUUUGAAUGACCAGGCAAACAGCAUGGUUCUCUCUUGGUGUAUUCUGCAAAACUCUGUUCCCUUCUAGAGAAAUAGGAUUUCUUCUCCACAAAGUGUUUUGAGUUGUUCAGAGCUAGGAGCCAUUUGCACAGUCAGGGAGCUCCUUUUCACUGCUUCUAGGGCUGAUGUAGAACAGCCAGUGGCAGUUUCCAUUAGGUGUGGUGAAAAUAAUACGAGGUUAAUGAGAUAAAGAUGUUAAUAUUUCUCAUUUCAAUGUUAUUGUACAAGGAAAUGUUUUUAUACUAUACUUCCGCUUUUUUAAGAGCAGCCCUGGAAUACAUUCCUUCUAUGUUUCCUUCAGCUUGGAUAUCCAAGUUCAAGUAGUUGUUUUUAACUGCAACUGUGGUGCCUUUUCAGCAAUGCUGGGUAUUUUAGUAGAUAUUUCACAGGUAUUAUUAGAGAAAUGAGAAGGACGUGGCUAAUCAGAUAUUUAUCUCAUGUUCUGAUAUUUCCUGUGGCUUUCCUCAUAAUGACUUGUGCCUUCCACUAUAUUUCCAGAACUUAGCUGAGAUCACGAGCCUGUGUUUCAUCACGUCACACCUACACAACCCAGUGUUAGCACUUCCAGCUACAAAACUGAGCCACAAAGCCUAUCUCUGAACUCUGCACAUCCUCAGUGCAUCGCCAGUUGUGUAUGAGGGAACUGGUCCUGGGUGUUUUCAUUCUGCCUUGAGAGACUGAGAUCACCAACUGGGAUUUUAGAGCAACUUUCCUCUUCCUCAUUGGUGAUGAUAAUUUCUGUAGUUGCCUUUGUUUCUUAAAGUUGUUAGGAAAAGGAAACCAUGUUUACUUUGCUGUCUGUUAGAGGAGCAUGGAGGAAUAAAAUCCCAAAGUGUUCAAGAGAGAUUUAAAUCUAGAGAGAUGUGCUAGAAGGUUUGUUGUGACUGGCUGAGUUGUAUGAUUUCUAGUCAACGAGUGGUUAUUUUAGCCCACUCCCAAAUGAUCUAUAAUCAGACAGGCAAACAACAAAGACCCAAUUUGAAGGUAGGUUGGUUCUUUCAUCAGGAGUUGUCUUAAUGCUUGUCAUUUCAAGCUGUGCCCUGUCAUGUCUAUCCCUUCCAUAUGCUGCUGUGCUGAUGUUCCAGAGUUACCUGCCCUGAUGGUACACACAGAUUGCACAAUCCACAAAGUACAAGGAGAAAGAAGUGCCUCUUAGAUGCUUUCUGGGAAACGAUGGUGGUAUUUCAGACUAGCAACCUCAGAAAAACAGGAAACAUCAGUCUUUGUCUUUAAUAUGCUUUCCAAAAUGCAACCAAUAGACUGAGUGAUUUAUUUCAGAACUCUGAUGUUUUAUCACAAACAGAUUUUGAUUGAAGCACUCCCCAUCUUAUGGCUGUUUAGAAGAAUUCACUGGUAGGUCUCCUUCAUUAAGCCACUGAAGGUCACAGAAAAGCCUGUAAGUGCUCAAUGCCUUUGAGAUUUCUGCCUAUCUGCCACGUUUGGUUUAAGCUGGCUGAGUGGCUUAAGGCACCUGGAGCAUGUCAGGAAGGCACGGUAGAGAGCUCCUCCCAUCCUCCUGGGUGCAAAAGCUCAAGGUACACACCAGUGCAGCCUGCACAGUGCUGAUUGUGAGUGUGUGUGCCACAAGAGCUAAGGCAGAGCUUCUCCAUCUCAAAUUGCCCAGGCCAAGUCACUCCUAAGCACCAUUUCUGCACCGUGGCUGGGGUCAUUCUGCCAAGCCUUGCAGUCCUGCCUCUGUCUUUCUCAGAUGAUGGUCUGCUUGGUUUCAUGGAGCUGCAUGUUUUGACCUGCCAACCCCAAGUAAUUUGUAGAAUAGCCAAUUUCUGCCGCAGUUUUGCAGGAGUGACUCACUGCUGAAUGUAUUUCCUCCUUUUCCAGUGGAACUGUGUACUAGAAACACAGUCUGUGCACCCAACUGGGGAGCAGGGAAGAAAAGGAGUGGUGAGUUUUUGGCCAGCAGAGAUUCUGGUACCAAAUGGGGAAGAGAACUGUCAGUACGACGUUUUCUCAGUCAGGCCCGUUGUCCUUGAUCUCAGAGUUCCUUUUGAGCGUGUUAAUUACAUUUGUUGUUGUUGGCUUUUUUUAAAUCUAAAUGUCUCCAGGGUCUGGGUAAUACAGCAGGGAAGAUCAUACUUCGUUGCAGUUCCCAUCCUUCUGAGUGCAAUCCAUUUUUUGCCUAAGGCAAGUAUACAUCCUGUGGACUUUGAGGGAAGUUGAGGAUCAAAAAGUUUGAUAUAGCUGACAGAAUGUUAAUAUUUCAGGAGACAGCCACUACAUUCAUCCUCUUGCCACUGCAGAAAUAAAACCCCUCUUCCCUAAGUGAUUUUCAAGUGGGAAGCUGACAGUAGUUAAUGCUUUUGACAGAAAAAGUAGACUCCCUUGUUUAAACAGACUGUCUGCACACGCACAGUCUUCCCCACACAUAGGGUGGAGAAAGAGAAGUGGUCUUUGAACAAAAUCACACACUUUAUUUUUAAUCAAGAGAGCAUUUUUUAUAUUAGAGAAUUUUCUUGGCCUGUGGACCUGAAAUUUCCAUGUGAAGGUCCAGUAUUCACUGACACUUGAUCUAAUUCACCUGAACUGCCUCACAAGGACUGGCUGUGUGAGCAGCAGUGUGCUUUGGUGCACUGACACUGUUAUCCAGUUCAUCUGGUGAGGGAAAAGGGGAGAUAGGUGUACUGCUUCACCUGCACCCGUGUAUUCUGAGGCCCCUUCGGAUGCUCAAAGAGAGCACAUGGUGCUGUCAUAGAAUCACAGAGUCGUCGUGGUCAGAAGAGAUCACUAAGAUCAUCAUGUCCAAUUGUCAGCCCAUCACCACCACUAACCAUGGCCCUCAGUUCCACGUCUCCACAUCUGUUGAAAGUGCAUGAAGUUUUCCAGCCGUAGAAGCCCUCCUUCUGUCUUUUUCUCUGUAAUCUCUAAUUGCAGUGGUUGCAUUACCAGCGCAAGUCUGAGUUGAGCUGAGCGUUUUGCUAUUUCCUGGAUGUGAUGAGCACCGGCAAUGGUGCAUGUCAACAGUGCUUUCAGCUUCACGUGCAGCUGUUUCAUCACCCAGCCGGGCUGUGGUUCGAGGAGGGGCUCAGCCUGCAGAACUGGCACUGAGGUCCUCAGCCCUUGAAAUGCUAGGAGAAAGGUGUCAUAGCAAAAGACUUCGGGCCUGCUGCCUUUUGAGCCGAUGCACUCUCAUCAGCGGAGAAGGUGAAGUGGAGAAUACGCGGAAUACUUCAUAGUGGGAUCGUGGGAGACUCUUGUGUAUAGUUGAUUCAUUUUGGAAAGCAAAACUGACGGACCUUUGUGCAUCCACGAUUGAUGUGGGGGUGAUGUGUGUUCAUAAAGGGAGACAAGGCCUGCUAGGGGAACAGUGCCUCUAAGUCUGCUGUGGCAGCAUCUAGUAGUAAUAGAACCUCGCCGUGCCUGGCCGUCAUGUUCUUACCUCAUUUUCCCACUCCGAUGUACCCAUGAAACCCGAUCUUGGUGCCUUUUUUUCCCACCCGAGAGACCAGACCACGAUUUUCUUAAUUUUAGGAAAGAAAAAGGCAUCUCCUAGAGGUGAUGUGUGUUGUACAGAUUAACGUUAAGCCUUUCGCUUUGUUGUUGUUGUUGUUUUAAUUAUCAUGCUUUACAUUUAUUGUCGUUGACCAGAAUCAGUGAUCUCUGUAUUCAGGUUUUCAUUAAAAGAAGCACCCGCUCCUC